AUGAACUUAACUCUAAUGCAAGAGGCAAGCCAGCAUUUUGUUGGUUACUCCCAAUCUCCCCUUGAUGCUCUACAGGUUGGCAGCCACAACUUUCGGCAUUUCUGCAAGCAAGACAAUCGCAACCCUAAGGACCCCAACCGCACGAUAUAUUCCUUUACGGUGGAACGGUACAACGAUUUGCUCUGUGUCGCUACGGUGCGGUGCAUGGUUGGAGCGCUGUUUUUGGUGGGAGGCGGAACAAUAAGUGCUUCCAAGAUAGCUGAGCUACUGCAACGUCCAGAUGAACCUAGGUUUCAGUGA